AUAAGAAUAUAAAUUAAUUCGAAAUGCAAACUCCUUCGAGGAGAAAUAUAGAGAAAAUAAGGAGUAAAGAUAAGGUCAAAACGGAUGGAUCAGUAACAUCACGUAAAUGUGAAGACGAGAAACCUAAAAAGUUAAUAACAACUCCUAGAAAUUAUUUACAAAAUACAUCCACAUCUGAUAUUUAUGGUAAAAAGAAAGGCGAUGUUUCUCAAGCACCGAAAAAAGCUUUUUCAACAACGUUAAAUACCGCUAAAAAUAUGUCGCCGAUGAAAGAUUAUUUGAAAUCUAAUUCAACAGUUAGCGUGCGUAAAACAUCAACAAAGAUGGCGGCCGAAAAAAAAGUUGAGACAAAAGUAAAUUUACAUUCAGCCAGAACGCCGCGUAUAGUAAAAGCUCAAGCACCAGCUAAUGUUACUGUCAAUUCACCAAUUUUAAAAAGAUCCGUGGAAUUAAAAAAAGAAAAAUCGAAUUUAAGCAUCGGUAGAUCUAAGAAUAUAAAUAAUAAACACAUUAAGGUUGAUGAAAAAUCCAAUAUGGCGGAUAUAUUUUUGAGACAGCGAUCGAAAACAAGAACGUUAGAUGAAAAUGAGGUAAAGGUUUUAAAAGCUGAUGUGGACAAUAACGCGGAAAUGCAAAAUUUGGCAAAAAGGCUUAACGCGAAACCGAAAGCUUUUUUUGUAGACUUGAACGGUGAAGAGGCAAAGGUAGAUAAAGAAAAAUCCAGUGAAGAUGAAGUAAGUUAUGAAGAUGAUUUCGAAAGUUACGAAUCAGAUUUCGAUUCGUAUCAAAGCGAAUCUCAAAGUGACGGAAAUUCUUCUAAUAAUCAAAACUCUGAAACAGAGGAAACUGAUAUUAAUUUAACAACAAAAGACGAAAUUAAUAUUAAAGAGAACGAAGAAAAGAUGCUAGAUUCAGGUAAUUUUGAUCUUCGAGACCCUCAGAGAUCAGCACAGAAGAUAACUCCACUUGAUUUUAUCCACGAAGUUACAGAGGAUUUUGAUAAAAGAAUAUCUUUGACAGAUGAAGGUUUCCAGGACAUGUCAACUUCUAGUGGCUUUAGUAUGAAGACUGUCCAUGUUGAUGUCUUAGAAAGACCUAUAUUUAUAGACUUUGCAGCAUCAAAAAUAAAAAGAAAAAAACGUCGCGUAUUUCAACAGCUUGAACAAAGAGCGAAAGAUAUUUUAAGUAUGGUAACACUACACGAAAUGACGUACACUUUGUUUGAAAUGCAACCGAUACCGUAUGAUUUGUAUAUGGCAACAUUUGGUGGUAGAAACUCCAUGCAGGUCGCUGUACAGACAUUUGACGAUGGUGUCUCUCAAGAUGUGCAAACUGAAGAUAUAUUAUAUGAAAGUAAAUGGACACAACAUCCAAUAGAGUUUUCAAAACAUAUUUUAAAAGAAAAAAUACAACUAAGUACAAAUAAUGAUUUUAUUAGUAAAUUAUUUUAUAAAAAAGACGAUAAAACAGAAAAAUACGAUAAAGAAACUUAUAAUAAUAAUCAAUUAAGGAUAUUCUUAGAACAAAAAGAUGGAGUCGGUUCAUAUGAAAUUCUACCACACGAUAUAUAUAAAAGUAAAUUAAAGAAUUGUAAUUUCAAUGUAAAUAGAUUGCAGAAGUUUUUAAAGAAAACGGAAAGUCGUAUUAGUAAUAUUUUAAGUUUAAAUGCUGGCAACACUGAUAUAUUUAAUUUGACAAAGAGCACGAAAUUUCCUUUCAGCACAGGUUAUAUUACUAUUAAUAGUCAAAAUAAUACAUUUUAUAAAGAUUUGAAAGUCAUAAACGUAAUAUUUUCGGCAAAUAAAAGUAAUCUACUUGUAACGGUACAUGAAAAAUCUAAUAAAGAUUUACAGAAAUGUGUUCUCUGUUUGUGGGAUUUAUCUGGUGUUUUAAAGGAGCCAAUUAAAGUACUGAUAGCUCCAGAUAACGUUACAAUUGGUCAAUUCCGAGGAGGUACGGAGGGAAUAAUCGUCGCUGCGUUGGAGGAUGGAUCAAUUCACUUGUGGGAUCUAUCCGAAAAAGCUACUUGGAUAAAUACCAGUGAUGAAAAAACUACCAAUUCGGUAGAAAUUGUUACCGAUCGUAUGACACAAACUGAAAUUGACAGAGAAUGGAAUUUAAAGAACAGUACAAUAAAUAAUAAAAAGAUAACGUCACGUCCAAUGCAAAUAAGUUCUUACACUAGUAGUGGAGUUAAUAUAAUUGAGAAAGAUAUAAACGAUUUUAUCGUUGCUUUGGAGUUUAUUGGGGAAUCUUUGAUCACCAGUCAGGAUGAAGGCCGAAAAAUUAUAGCCCAGAUUUGUUCAUUGCAACGUAACGGUAUAUUAACAAUAUACUCAAUAAUUCAAGAAAGUACUAGAAAGAAGUCCAAUGACAUUGGUAAAACUUUUUGGUCAAAAAUGGCGUUAGAUAAAGUUCAAACAAUAAAUCUGAUAGAUUAUUUAGAUGUGAUAAAUAUCGAAGUGCAGAAUAUAAAUAAAAUAUUUAAUAUAAACGCUGCGAAACGUAGACUAUGCGAUAAGAGGUUAGAAAAUUUGACAUUAAGUUCCCGCCAAUUUGAUAGUGUUGCCAGUGAUGGUAAAAAAAUAAAAAAAUAUAUGUCAAAUAUAUGGGAAAAAGGAAUUGUGUGUUUUGAUAUGAAAAUAAUAAAAAUAAACGAUACUGAUAACUUUUUAAUAGCUAAAAAUUGUGGUGAAGUUUUACGUUGUAUAAGAUAUAGUGGGAUUUUUAAAGUUUUUAGGUUAUGUGUUGCCAAUGAUACAUGUUCCAUAACAUGUUUAGAAACAUCUCAGAAUGGUUUACCAGUAAUUCUAGCGGCGACAGACUCUGGGACUGUUAAUUUAUGUUCUAUAAAAGAUUUUAGAGUUCUCUUGACAUUGGAUUCCUGUAAUAUUACUUCUAAUUCAUCGGAAAAAUAUAAUACAGAUUCCAAAGGUCGAUAUAUUAGCAGUGUUCAAACGGAUAUAUCAAAUUUGAAUCUUAUUGGAAAGAAAAGAAAGAUGGCCAUAAAAUCUUUAAUAUGGCCACGUAGUAAUCCUUUUGAUAUUAUUGCUUUAUUAUAUGAUGGUACUCUGACCGCGUGGAGACUUACCAGCAGUGAUAUAACUUCAAGAAGAAUCACUGAAGCCAGUUUUAUUAAUACCAAUGGAAAUUCUAUGGCUUUAGUAAGGAAAAACGAAGUUCAAAUCUACAGAAUAACUAGUGAGAAACAUGAAGACAAUUUGCAACUUUUUAAAAGAUAUCUCGCACAUUUAUAAAAAUUUUAUUCUAA